AUGCAUCGCUAUCUCUCUCUAAAGAGGUCCUCUACCGUGGUCCCCGUUCCCGAGGUUUCUGCCGAAAAGGAGGAUGCUGCGGCGAGUCCGAGCACGUCCCAUGACGAUAACGACGAUACCGACUCCACCGCAGCACUCGUCGCGCCCGCGGCGGCGCUGCCGCCUCCGAACCUGAAGGUGAAGCGCGUCGACUACUACUACAGCACCUGGGGGAAGACGUGGAAGUACAGGAACUCAGGAGCGAAGGUGACUGCGGAGAUGAUGCGCCCCAUGGGCUCGGACAACUCCGACCCCUGGCAGGCGUACUGCUUCGUCGUCGUGCGCAAGAUGCCGAGCCCGCAGGAGAGCGACGCGGGAGCGGAGCCCAAGUUCCAGGUCACGGUGAAGAGCCCUUACUUUCUCAAGGCCUGCAGGGACGUCAUGCAGGAGGUGCAGGGUAUUUCAUGGACCGCAGACCCGCUCGAGCUAGACCCGCACCUGCUCAUCGCGUUCCUCCCCCAAUUCGAAGCAUAUCAACACCGAUUGCAGACCAGAAAGGAUCCGUCGACGGAGGACCGACACAUCCUCGCGACAGUGGGCGUACUGCUCGAGUACCUAUACCGGGACUACCGUAGCACGAUCUUGAGGGUCCAGAAUUUGACGUCACACGGCGAGAUCACCUUCGACCUGCUCUACGCGGUCUUCACUCCACGGACGGUGCUCGUCACCGAGUGCCCCAUCACUGGCGAGCCCCGUGCGCUACAACUCAAGUCCGUGACGCGCGUGAACACGAUCAGCAGCGCGUUCUACGACCUCGUCUGCGAGAGUAUCGACGCCGCCGACGAGGGCGUGGCGAACACUCCGGACGGCUGGUCCCCUCCCAUGGACCCAGAGCUGCACAAGGCUGCCGCGGGGAAGGCGUUUGGGCGCGUGCAAAACAGGGUGUUCCUCCCGCUGUUCAAGGGCACGGUAAAAAUCAACUCUCUCGAUGCGUUUCCCAUCAACUACCACCCAGCAGAAGCUGAGCUUAGGAGGACGUUGCUCACGAGAGGGCGGAAGUGGAUGUCCCUGCGGGGCGUGCAUCACAUGCACUACAAGGGCACCUCGGCGAUGGCUUGCUCCGUUGGUUCAAUGAAAAAGCUCGUUCGGUUCAACGUCAACUCACGAGUCAUGGUCGAUCGAGGCAACUUCAAGAGGCUGAACCCCAACUACGAGCUGCCCGUCACUAAGACGGAGGCGCCUAUUCAAAACGACGUCGAAUAUGACCGGUACGGCAACCCAGUCAACAACAAUAGGGGCAUUCCAGCACUGCGUGUGCAAUCGAAGACGCAGCCAAAGCAAGAGGAACUUACUGAAGACGAGAUCAUCCUUACCUCGCCCGUGGUGUACGGCUUCAGCUUGUCGGACAAGAUAUGGCUGGAGUUCAAUGUAGAGCACAUCCUCCCCAUCGUCUGGAACGACGAGGCGUUCGCGAAUCUGGUGCUCCCCGCGGACCGCAAGACGCUCCUGCAGUCCCUCGUGGAGGCGCACAACGCCGACCUCGGCUUCGACGACUUUGUGCAGGGCAAAGGCCACGGGCUCGUGAUCAACCUCUUUGGCCCGCCGGGCGUGGGCAAGACGCUCUCGGCGGAAGCAACGAGCGAGCACGUCAGGAGGCCGCUGUAUGUCAUCGGCUGUGGCGACCUCGGCACCAAGGCGUCCGAACUGGACCAGGCGCUGGAGCGCGUGUUCGAUAUUGCGACGAGCUGGAAGGCGAUUGUGCUCAUCGACGAGGCCGAUGUGUUCCUUGAGCAACGAUCGCUGCACGACCUAGAGCGGAACGCCAUGGUCGCCGUCUUCCUGCGUCACGUGGAGUACUAUCGCGGCAUUCUCUUCAUGACGACGAACCGCAUCAAAACGUUCGACGAGGCGUUCCUCUCGCGGAUUCACGUCGCGCUGCACUUCCAGGAGCUCUCACAGGCCGCGAAGGUGCAGGUCUGGCGCGCGUUCCUUCAGAAGGUCGGCGCGUCCGUGGACGACUUUGACGAGAGCGUGCUCCAGAAACUCGCGGAACGCGAGAUUAAUGGACGGCAGAUCAAGAACGCGACGCGCACGGCGAACUCGCUCGCGGUCAGUAGGGGCGAGAAGAUCACCUUUAGACAUCUCACGGAGACGCUCGAUGCGAUGCAGGAAUUUGCGGCGGAUUUUGCCGCAUUGAGCCGGACGUGA